ACGAGUCGCCAGCGUUAAUUUGUUCGCAGGCGUUUUCAAGGCCUAUUUUAAAGAAUAUUGUUUUUUAUAACUGAGUAAAUUUAUUGAUUAAGAAGGGUUUAAUUUCCGGCAAGGAUGAAAAACUAUAGCCUGGGGACUUAAUGAUGUGACAUUAUCGAACAAAUUUUAAACAGAGAAUGCAGCCUGUCAGAUGCUGUGAAAUGUGCGUUAAAAUUAGGGGGAAAAGAGAGGAAAGAAAUGGAUGUAAUUUCUUCUGCUUUUUAUGGAUAUUCGAAUAAUCAACAUGGACCACUUUGUCCUGGUAUGGGGCAUUCUAAUCAUUGCUGGGUUCACGCAAAGUGCCGAUGUUUUGACGGCAUAUCCAUGCCCAAGACAGUGCAACUGCUACCAAGGCAAAGUAGACGAGGAGGUCGUAAGUGUUGUCUGUCGACUGGACUACAUCCACCCCACCGCUAACUUUUCCGUCAUUCUUACCCAGAUCACCAGUAUACUGUAUAUCAUGUGUACUUCUGAGGACGUUGUUUCGCAUGUGCGUGAUAAUAUGUUCAGUGCCCUCACAUCUUUCAUGGGACUAAGCAUAGAAAAUUGCAGAAUAUCUUAUAUGCCAGAAAAUUUUUUGUCCGGAAUGCAGUCUCUCGAACAAGUUGAAAUCAAAUCAACUGGGACGCUGGAGAUGGCUAGUUCUGUAUUUCAUCAAGUACCGAAACUAACUCACAUAACGGUUACCUCAAGUCAUGUGACCAAAAUGCCAGAUCUAUGCCUCUCUUCAAAAUUGAAAUACGUAAAUGUGACAGAUAACGAUCUUCAAUCAAUGGAGUCUACCGGUGUUAUAUGUGAAAAUAAAACUGUUUUAUCAAAACUGUCCACUCUAAUUUUGGACAAAAACUCCAUCUUUAACAUCUCAUCUGGUAGUUUGAAAACCAUGCCAGAUUUGAAGGACUUGCGCAUUGCUGACGGAAACCUCGUGAAUUUAGAGGCAGGAGCAUUGGCAGAUGUAAAAAAGUUGGCAUACUUGGACAUUACGAACAAUUUCAUUUCUGAGGUACCGGUGUCGCUGUUUGAUUCUAAUAAUGACUUGAAGAUAUUAGGACUUGGUCGAAAUCCUUUGGGAUCUGUCCAGAAGGAUUUAUUUUCCACCCCUGUAAAAUUACUUGUUUUAACUCUUGACUAUUCAGGCCUCAGUGAUACAAUUUGGGAUUCAUUAUCUACGCUUCAUAAGUUGAAGGACCUUCAAUUACAGGGGAACUAUAUAACUUCCCUGAACAGGACUGUGUUACGGAACCUUAGUUCUUUGCAAAACCUGGACCUCGGAAACAAUAGCAUUUCAGAUCUGUCAACUCAAGUUUUUCAGCACUUGCUUCAAUUGCAGUUUUUGCAUGUAGAUCAGAACAAUUUAUCAGUGAUAAGAAAUGGAACCUUUUUUGGACUUCAAAACCUUCUUUCUCUAGAUCUGCAUGGAAAUCAAAUAAGUUCUAUUGAAAAAGCAGCAUUUACUGAUCUAGAAGCUCUUACAGAACUUGAUCUUUCAUAUAAUGACCUCGGAUUGGUGCCUGAUUUCAAAGGACUGAAAAUGCUAAAAUCACUAGACCUUAAAUCAAAUAAGAUAAAAUUACUGCCUUCCGAUUGUUUUAAAGGGCUAAAAAAUCUGGAAAAAUUAGAUCUCUCAAGAAAUAGAAUAGGUGGAACUGUAAUGGAAAAGUCCCUUAAUGUACCUAGUCUUAAAUCCCUCGAUUUGUCUUUCAAUAAAAUAUGGGUAGUUCAUAAGGCCACGUUUGAGGGACUCAAAAACUUGAUGACACUUUCUCUUCAAAAUAACUCAUUAGAAAACAUUUCCAUGGUUUUCCAGGAUUUGUCAAAACUUACAUCCUUAGAUUUAAGCUCCAAUAUGUUGUCAACUAAGUUAAUGAGUGGAAUGUUUCCCAAAAAUAUUGAAAAUCUUGAUUUAUCUUACAACAAUUUGAAAGAUAUCACAGAGUAUGCCUUCUACAGUUAUCAAGAGCUUCAGAAGCUCUCUUUAAAAGGCAACAAAUUAUCGACACUUGCAAUAAACGAUCUCGCCAUUCCCAUAAAAAGAAGUAAAACAAUGAUGGUUUAUAUCUCAGAAAACCCAUUCAGGUGUGACUGCAAUAUGAUCUGGUUAAGGAAAAAAGUGAACGAAGUCAGUAUGGAUACCGGUUUCCCGGUCGUAGGGGACAUGUAUCUUCUUCAAUGUCACAGUGGCUAUCGGAUUGAUGCACCGAUUCCACUUUACACCGUACAAUCAGACAACAUGUUGUGCACCUAUGAAAAAGAGUGUACUGAUAACUGUUUCUGCUGCGAUUUUGAGCCUUGUGAUUGUAUGUUUGUCUGUCCCCCUGGAUGUUCCUGUUACAGCAGCUCAGACUUCAUGGCAAUGCAUUUUGUUCAGUGUUCAAAUCGAGGUCUUACAGAAUUACCAUCUAAUAUUCCGGCCUUGACAACAGAACUUUCUGUAGAUGGAAAUAAUAUUUCAGAGAUUUACUCUCGAAGUUUCGUUGGUCUAAUAUAUUUAAGAGUAAUACACCUGGAUCACAGUGGUGUUACAACUCUGGCAAACUUCAGCUUUAUUGGACUAUCUCAACUGAGGGUACUGUACUUAAACAAGAACAACAUCCAAAGUAUUACUGAUGGGGUUUUCGCCAGACUUUGGAAUUUGACGGAACUCCACCUUGAAUAUAACAAAAUUUCAUACAUAGAUAAAAGUGCUUUUUCUUCACUGACAUCAAUUUCUGAACUCUAUCUGGACCACAAUCUAUUAACAACUCUUCCAGAAUCAGCAUUAAAACUGUUUUGGGGCUUGAGCAAAAUGACUCUUGCAGAAAAUCAGUGGACUUGUGACUGUAAUUUCAUGGUGGAAUUUCUGCCAGUUUUGACUAACAAAUCAGUGAUGGUUUCUGAUUAUAACAAUUUGUAUUGCAUAACCGAAGAUCUCAUUCGGAAUGUUAGCAUUAAAGACGUGAAAUCUGAAAUAUGUACCAACAUUACAUCAGAUAAAGUAACAGUGAUAAGAAAACCGAACAGAAUUCAAAGUUCCCAAAGUAUUUUGAUCAUUCUUGCAGCUAUUGCUGCUUCUAUAGUAGUGGCAACCUGCGUUAUUGUGCUUUCGAUUUGUCUCUGGCGACCUAGAAGUCCAUUUUUUCGUUGCAGUUGUAAAUGUCGAAGCGAAAAGGGAAACGUAGGAGAAAAUGACAAACUUUAUGAUGCUUUCCUUGCUUACAGUCAUAGGGAUGAUGAUUACGUCACACGAGAAUUCAUUCCACGUUUGGAGAAUGAACUGGGAUAUAAGCUUUGUGUGUAUUACAGAGAUUUUCCAGUGGGUGGAACUAUGGAAGAAACAAUCGCGUGCAACAUUGACAGAUCUAAACGGACGAUUUUACUGGUGUCUAAAAACUUCAAUGAUCAUGAAUGGAAGAAUAGUGCAUUUUACAACUCAUUUCAAACUCUUUUUCGAAGAAAUAAUAAUCUCAUAAUCGUUCUUUUGGAAGAUCCGAAAGGGAUGAACCUACAAAGAAAUUUAAAUGAACUUGUGAAAUCUCAUUCAAGUACAGUGGUAAAUUACCAUGACAUGUGUUUCUGGGAGAAGCUUCGCUACAUGAUGAAUCCACCAAAACAGACAAUCAUGAGGAAUAACACCCCCGAUAUUAUUCUCAAUCAUAGUUAUUCUCGCCAAGAUGAAGACGGAUACGAAACUCCCAUUUCAUCGUCUGCUAGUCAGACGGAAACAGACAAAUUUUCCGCAUUGGAGAGACGCUCGCUGGAAAGCUUAAACAAUAUUUAUGAAGAAAUAAGGUCUUCAAAACUAUCUGACAUCAGCGAUGUAUAGUCACUGCCAACAUUACAUGGUGCAUGCACAAAUAUUCGUACUUGCCAAUGAUUUUAGGGCUUAAUUUUUAUCAUUUAUUUUAUUUUUUAAAUAUUUUUUUUAUAUAUAUUUUAAGUAUUGUUAUGAUUGACACAGUAGGCUUAUUAUAUGCUAAUGGAUUUAUAGCCUUAGCCAUUAAGGGCUCUAAAUUAAAUGUGCAAUGAAAUUCUAGUCUAUAAAUAUACAAUAAAAUAAUUUAUAUUACACUUCUUGCUUCAAUGCGAAAACAAUUUGGACUUGCAAAUGCAUGUCUAUAUACGAGAAACCAAAUUUUUCAUAACAUAUAAUGUAUUGAAUGUUUUCACCGAUCUACUGCAUCAAAAUUAUGAAUAUUGUAAAACAAUAAAAUUCAGUAUCAUUACA